GUCCCAAGAUCACUCAUAAGGUCUACUUCGACAUUGAGCAUGGCGACGAUAAGCUUGGACGUAUUGUAAUAGGUCUCUACGGCAAGACCGUCCCCAAGACCGCAGAGAACUUCCGCGCGCUCGCUACUGGUGAGAAGGGCUUCGGCUACGAGGGAUCCACCUUCCACCGUGUGAUCAAGUCCUUCAUGAUCCAGGGCGGUGACUUUACGAAUGGCGAUGGCACUGGCGGCAAGUCCAUCUUCGGCCAGAAGUUCCCCGACGAGAACUUCAAGCUCAAGCACUCCAAGAAAGGUCUUCUUAGCAUGGCCAACUCUGGAAAGGACACGAAUGGCUCCCAGUUCUUCAUCACCACCGUUAUCACCUCGUGGCUCGACGGCCGCCACGUCGUCUUCGGCGAAGUCCUAGAGGGCUACGAUAUCGUCGACGCUAUCGAGAACGUGCCCAAGGGCGCAGGCGACAAGCCUUCAAAGACGGUCAAGAUCGCCAAGAGCGGCGAAUUGGAGGUCCCCCCUGAAGAUACAUAUGGCGAAGCGGAACCUGCUAUUAGUGGCGACAAUCUCGACAUCACUUCCCAGCAGACAUUGGCAGACGCAGCUGAUGUCGCAGAGCCAGCCAUCAAGCUACAGGAUGAGUACGUCCCGGUUCCAGCACAGAUCAACGGCGAGGUUGACGACGGUCUAUCGCUCGGACAGAAGCUUUUUUUCGUAGGUGCUAUCGUUGCAGUGUGUGCGCUUUUUCUUCGUAGUGCUAGAGGCAGGCCGUCAGGAUACAAGCAGAAAAGCAUGGCGUAG